AUGUCAUCUGAGCUAUCAGCGCCGCCAGCUAGCUUCGUUGCGCGAAAAGACAAAAUCCUGCAGCAACUCAACGUGCCUGUGUCAGACUACACGGACUUAUCACCCAAAGGCUCGGUAGAUGCCAACAUUCGCGACCUCAUAGACGAGCUCAACGAAUUUGACGGACUUGUGACGACGAGCAGCUGCGGCGGCCGCAUCCUCCAUGUUCUAACUGCCUCCACCGCUCACGCCCAGCUUCUGCUCAAGUGUGCUUUCCAGUCUGGUUUUCGCGAAAGUGGCGCAUUGAACAUCACCACAGCCAACGACAGCCCCAUCACGCCCUUGGUUGCCGUUCGUACCAUGGGACUGAGCUUCGAGUCCUUGAUCGGCGUCGAGUCAGAGGCUGGCCGACGAGAAGCCAUUGUGUCCACCUCAUACCUAAAAACUCUUCUCGAUAUCGGAAACGACCGUUUUGUCGAAAACGACAAGAGGAUAGCGAGAUUCCGCUCGGCGUUGAGAGAUGCCGUCACGGGUCGCCCAGCCAAGGUUGGAGAAAACGGCGUGGACUGGGAGGAUCCUGCGGCCAGGAAGGAGCGCAAGAGAGCAGAAGGGCUGAGGCGCCAAGCUGAGAUGGCCACUGCGGGACGAGUUGGCAGCGUGGCAGGCAAGCAUAACGAGAGCGCCUCGGACCAAGAUAACGACUUGCAUGGCGAUAAUGCCCUCAAAGGUCUCUUCUGA